AUGUCGACAGAGUUUGUUGUACCAACUCGACACCCAGUCUAUUACUUUAAUGCAUCCAGCCACAUCUUCCAGGUAGAGAAUACACUAUACAAACUCUGCAGCUCAAUCUUAUCCACGUCUUCCAAUGUCUUUCGUGAUAUGUUUUCUACCAUGGAGAAUUCUAGGCAACCAGAAGUAGAUGGCAUGUGUGAUGAGAAACCGAUUCACCUCAAUGGAAUAUCUCGGGAGACGUUUGAGUUGUUUCUUGAAUUCACGUUUGGAAGAAUGCAUACUGGAUCUCAUAGCAUCGAUGAACUCUCAAAAUUUCUCCGUUUCUGUGACAUGUAUCAAUGCUCCCAUGCACGCAAAUUCAUUAUUUCCCGCAUAUCUUCCGCACGUUACUGUUUCCACUCAGCUAAGUUAAUCAACCUCGCCAUCAAAUACCACGUCCGCUCCAUCUUUCCAUAUGCUUUUCAGCAACUGGCAGAAACCCCAAUCACCGAGCUCACUCAUGCCCACCAGGAUCACUGCCGGAUCGUAGCUGCGGAGGAACUGAAGAUCUUGAUGCACUCGAAUGAGUGUCAAGACCCAACUGGUUGCAAUGAGGACUGGCACACAAUUUGGUGGAAUGGUAUGGGCCGGUUUCUUCUUGAUGGUAGGAAUCCACACCCGUACGACGACGCCGUCAAACACUUCAAGGAACUGCAGUUUGGACGUGUCAGUGAAGGAUGCAAAGACCUCAUGUUCAAGAUUCUCGAUCAGGGAGCGGCAUUCAAGCACGCCCAACAAUUUCUUUCCGAGACUUGCAGCUUCCUAGUAGAGAAACUGGUUUUCGAGCCUGAGCCUCCUUCGCCAUAG